AUGGGGGGAAGGCUUCGGAUUGGUCCGGACGUCCUAUUGGCUGCUUCUUGUAUCGCUCUAGCGGACAGAUUCCUCUGAUUGGUGAAAAAAGUUAGCGGGUAUUCGGGAGAAAAGAGGCCAGGAGUUGCCAUGACAACAGGAAGAAGCUGAGCCCUCGGACUUCUUUUCUGCUUGAGGAUAGACUCGAAGGCCUAUAAGCGUUUUUGAUUCCUAUACCGCGUCUCACGAACCAAUUUAAAGAAGGGACCCUCCAGAAAAAGCCGAGGAAGACAUUCACACAGACCACAGGUGGCAGGAAAGCAAAGGACAUGGAUUUGGAGAGUAUGACUUCAGCUUCUGCUCUGCAGGCUCUCUCCAAGCUGCUCAGCAUUCCCGAAGAGGAGGAGGAUGGCCUGGAGCAGGUGUUAGAUCCAUCACCUGCUGUUGGAGCCUUGAGCCCUGGGAAUAUUGGACCAGCAAAGAAAGAAGAAUCCAAAGUCAACCCUCCAAAUAAGACUGAAAAUAGAAAGGACAUAUGGGAUCCGGAGGAGGUACCAGAAGGAUCGGAGUUUGAUGACAUGUGGGACCCCCGGGGACAGCCAGAAUAUGACAUUAUAUUCAAACAGCAGGUAGGAGCUGAGGAUGUAUUUCUGGGCAUGACCAGAAAAGACCCUUCUACAGCCUGCUGUGAGGAUCUCUUGAUUAAAAUUAAAUUGCCAGGCACCAAGUCUUCUGACAUCACUUUGGAUAUCCGUGAAAAAGUUCUCGAUCUUCGUACCCCCAAGCAUAAGCUGCUCCUGCACCUUCCCCAUCCUGUGGACAGCAAGACUGGAAAAGCGAGUUUUAUCACAGAAAAGGAGAUCCUUGAAGUCACCUUGACCAUGAAAAGAGAGUUUGAUUUCAUUAAUUUUUUCUGAAACCAUAAUGGGGGUAAGAUAAGUUAAUGUGGUCCAGUAAGACUGGAAGCAUCAUGAGAGUUCAAGGAAAACUCCCUGGGUGCUGAAUGGUUCUGUUGAUUAUGAGAUCAUCCAUUUACAGGGUCAAACCAAUGAAAGAUGCAAUGACAUAAUCCAUUGCUCAACAAUUGGCGGUUAGGACAGCAAAAACCAAACAAAACCAAAGCAAAAAGGCCCUAUUUCUCUGUUAUUUGGUUAAUUUUGGUUAAACUAUAUAGAAUUGACUUAUGAUGAAGUAGUUGAAAUGUUCCCAUAGUUAACAUAUAGGUUGUCCAAAAAGUUCUGGUGCAGAUUAAGCUUAAAAACUUAAAACUGCACUAGGACUUUGGGGACACUGUUUAUAGGCAUUAGCGUUUUCAUCAUCCAUGUUUGAGUGGAAAAGAAAAUGAAGGCAAACUGUAAUCUUUGAGCAAUUUAGACCUGUUUGAAAUAUUUGUUAUUAGUAACAUUUAAAAACAUUUUUAAAACUUGUUUUCCUAUGCAGCCUUAUAGUUAUUACCAAUGCCUUUUUUGGGGAUACUCUGCAUUAUAUUGUGGCAAGUAAACACCUUGGAUUCUGAAAGGCAUAUAGAGAAACAAGGAGCAUUCUUACCAGUUGUCUGUGUCUCCCUCAUUUCCAAUCUUUCUUCUUAAUUGGUAACAUGUGCUAGUCUUUUGUCCCUGUUCUUGUUAACUGGUUAAGCGUAGUCUACCCAUAGAUAAAAAUGUAUCCCCAUCAGUCAGAUCCUUCAUUUACAAGUUAGCAAUAAAGGAAAUCUUUGUCUUCUAAAGUA